UCUUUCAUGUUUCAGCAGAAGCUGUGAAAAAUGGGAGUCAAGGGAAAGGGUCAAGAAACUGGCAGAGGAGUAUCACUUCCGUUUGAUUCAGCACAAGCUUCGCCAGGCCAUCUUGAAAGGCAGCAUGGCACCAAGAGGUAGCUGCCAGGAUCUUGAAAGCUCAUCUGAGCUGUCGGGCAGGAAUGGAGGAGGUGGACAUGAUGGAUGCUCACACGCUCAAAAGAUUUUAUUACAGGAAGUCAAGGAAGGAAAUUGUGUGUAUGUUGAAAACUCUUGUGUUGACACACAUGAUAAUAGGGGUAAUCCAUCAAGAACACAUACUCUUGAUCAGUCUUAUGAAGUCGACAAUGGGCAACGUAUUUUACAAGUUCAAGAAUCGAGUCUGUCCUUUAGUGACAGAUAUUCUUUGGUGGACAGUGGUGAUGUCAUGAGGAAAUGUAGCUUUGGUAUUAUUCAUGAAGAAGUGGAACUAAGCCUGAAGAAACACCACCACCAGAUGACAUCUGAAGCUGCUGAGACUACAGAACAAGGUGAUUCUUACUUGAAAGAGAAUGAACUAAUGAUAGUCGAUUCUGCUGGUGAUGAUGAUGUGGACUCAGCAUACCCGUUGGAGACUGCUGAGACUCACUUAUACAAGGUGAUGCCUGAGGUCAACACGAAAGGGAAGAAUAGACAAAUGAUAGUUGAUUCAGCUGGGGGUGAUGCUGUAGACAUGGAACAUCAGCUGGAGACUGCUGAAACUCAUAUGUUACAGGUGGCGCCAGAGGUCAGCACCAAAGAGAAUAGACAAAUGGUAGUUGAUUCCGCUGGUGGUGAUGAAUUGGACACAACAUAUAUUUUGGAGACGGCUGAGUCUCGUAUUUACAAGGUGGCGCCAGAGGUCAGCACCAAAGAGAAUAGACAAAUGGUAGUUGAUUCUGCUAGGUGUGAUGAUCUGGACUCCACAUAUAUUUUGGAGACGGCUGGGACUCGCAUUUACCAGAGCACAAGUGUCAACUCAGACAAGGUGGAACACUGGGUAGGCGGUCAGCUGUCAAAAAUUAAAGAGAAAGUGAGACUGAGACCUACUAAACUGGACAACUCUGGCUUUCAUGUCUCCCCUCCAAGCUGCAACAUCUCCACUGAACACUCACUAGAUGAUAGUGCUUUCUUUAGGCAGAUGAUGACAAAUAUAAAACCACCUAUGUUCCCUAGGAAACCCAAACAGUUAUCUGAUCCUUCAGUGAAUAAUAUUCCAUGUACAGAUUUGACAGUGGGUAAUAUAGUGACAGAGAAGAACAAGGCCGUGUCUUCAAGAAAUUUCUCAGACAGUGGCACGCUUCAAAGUCAGUUUGCAUUCCCUUGUGCAGCUGAGUGGACAAAUAGACCAUCAGUGACUUCUGGGGCUGAUGUGGAUGGUGAGGCUCAAGACAAAUUAGUCAAGUCAGGUGAUGGUCCAUACUCUGGGGAUAUUCCCAACAAACAGCUGAUAAAAACAAAUCAGAAAAACAAAUAUGACCUUAACAAAGAAGUUUGUUUGUUUCAUAAAGGACAGACUGCUGUGAAUAAGAUAUUAGAGGAACAGAGUAUGAAAAGUAAUGAUGACUUUGUCCUUGUUUUAACUAGGGAAGACUAUGACACUGCAGUAAAAAUGGACAACUUCAGAGCUGCAGUAAAUAAAGACACCUUUGAGGUCAAAAUGCUUAAGGACAACUUUAAAGCUGCAAUAAGUAAGGAAACCAUGAAGGAUACUAUGAACCAUGAAGCUGUACAUGGAUCUUCAAACUCUCUUGACCACGUAGAUAACACAUGUGGAUUUGUAAACGUGGAACAACUUUGUGACAAGAGAAAGAAAGUGAAUGGUAGAGAUUUUGUUACAGAAGCAUGUCAGACAAGUAUCACUGAUAUAUACCCCAAGAGUGGACUUGCCGCUGGGUCAGACUCGGACAGUGACUUCUGGGUAAAAACGAAGCUUAGAACCAUUCAGAAAAAAAUCCAGCGCAGAAGGUCACGUCUAGCAUACAGUGUUAGCAGUGAUGAAAGCACAGAUGAUGAAGAAUUUAGCCUGAGUCAGAAGCUAUCCACAGAAAUUAGGCAUAUAGGGAACCAUGGAAAGACAUGCAGACAUGUUUCUGAUAGGUCCACAGAAUGUUUAGAAGAAAACCUGCAUUUGAUGAGCUCAAGAAGACUCAGCAAUCACUCACAGAAUAGUGGUGCUGCAGAUAAUAGGCCUGGUAAAACUGAACAAAACACAAAUGAACUGCAGCAUUUUGCAACAGAUGGAGACAAUUGGACUGAAAGGCAGAGGAAAAGCAUGACUGAAUCAUGCUUUGAGAAGAAACAGCUGAAAAAUAGAAACCCUAAUCUGUCACCUAAACAAGCUAACAGUAAUGCAAAGCAACACCAUGAUGACUUCAAUUAUCCUAAUUGUGAAAGGAACCCAAAAGUCACUUCAUCAAAGACACUUUGUCCAAACAUGCGAGUAUUGCAACAUCACAUUGCCAAGUCUCACAAGAAGAAAAGCUCCUCUAACAGGUCAGCAGCAGUGUCUGCUGAUUGCACAGAUAAUUUAAACAUUGAAAAUGGCAGUCUGAAGAGUGUUAAUCUGUCAGAGAUGUCAGCAAAUGAGCAGAGCACCUCAAAGAAAAGUCAUCAUUCCAUCUUACGAAGACCAAGAAACAAAUCCACAAAUGUGCCAGACCUCGGCAAGCCCAGCAUAAACAACUUCCUUCCAUCCCAGACAUCAGUGUCAAGAUCAAAGUUCUCACUAGGUCAUGACUCCAAGGUCUCCGACAGAGUCAUCAGUUUUCAGGACAUUUCUGAGAGUGAAACGGAAAUACCAGACUCCGAGAAAGGAAUGAAGCCUUUAAAACAAACUAGACAAUCCAGUGGAAGGUCACUUCAAAGAGAAGAAAGCCCUGAUAGUACUGAUGAAAUCGUAAAAAUCUGGUUAGAACGUGAGAACUUUGCCGAGCGAGUUAGUCUGGAUAGUUCCAGACCUGUUGAUCAGCAGAGCAUCACUUCAAAAGUCAUGGAGAUUCAGAGCAUACGGUCAGAAAAAUCAAAUCCCAGUGGACUUCAUCGAUUUCAUAUUCCUUGGGAGAGAUGUCGCGGUGGAUGUACAGCUAAACUGAAUGUCAGCGUUGGUGCUUCAGCUGUUCAUAGGAUCACCUCGACAACCACAGAUCCAACCAGUGGAUUCACAGAAACCCUACUGGAUGAGACCAUCCACACAUACAAUCUCAGGUCCUCCAUGCACUUAGAGUAA